AUGAGCGCUCAAUUGAACGAAGCUAUAACACAGGCGAAACAGCUUGUUUUGCAGAAUAAUGCUGACGCGGCUUUGCGGGUUCUGAAGCCGUUCCGGAAGUCAAUGAAGGGUGCGAACUCAUCGCACAUUGGACUACACCAGGCAUUUGUGGAAACGUAUCUGGAGAAAGGUGAGCUCGAAAAAGCGUACCCGUUGCUGGUAAAAAGCUGCGAGCUGGAUCCGCAGGGCGAGAUCGGUGGCUCGGACAAGUUUUUCACAUUGGGCCAAAUUGUCGGAGGCAGUGAUGGGCUCGGAUUGAUCACACAAGGAAUAGAGAAUCUGUCGAGACAGGCUGGAGAUUUUCUGCAGCAGGAACAGGCUGAAAAGGUAGUGGCUGGACUGUUGUCGAUGGUGGAGAUCUGGAUGACGGAUCUGUGCAUGGAACCGGGUGCUGAAGAACAAUGCGAAGAGCUUGUCAGUAAAGCAAUGGAAGUUUCCGAAGAGCAAUCAGCCGAGGCGUGGGCCUCAUUGGGAUCCAUGAGAAUAUCGCAACAACGCUUCCCGGAGGCCGCAGAAGCGUUUGGACGUUCGUGGCAUUUUUUCCAAGCUAAAAAGACAGCGUUCGACAAUGAAGAGCAGCAGUCUAGUAACGUUCAUGUCGAAUUUGCCAACAUGCUGCAACCUCUACUAAACCUCGCAAAGAUGUGUAUUGAGUUAGGACUCUACGACAUGGCCUUGGAAAUUGAGGCAGCCAUCAAAGACAUAGACGAAGACAAUCUCGAAGGACUGUAUCUAGAGGCCUUCACGCAUUAUCUCAUUUGCAAACUGGAGCUUUUCAAAAUUCAAAAUCCUCAAGUCGAAGUUACUCCGGAAAACGUUUUCGAAUUCAACCAGCAUUUCCAGGAGCUGCCCUUUGCGGCAGCAAAUGAUUUGAUUAAAGAACACGCCCAAGAAGCUCGCAUUUUACUGACGUACAUGAUAAAACUGGCAGAAAAUAAUGACGCCAAUGACGAAAUCGUGAACGAGCUGGUCAAUGGCGCUACAGAAGUUGUUUCUGAAUUGGGAGGACUCGCAGAUAUCAAAGACGUAAUUCGCUACAAAAAGGGCGAAGAGGUCGGUGACGAAGAGGAGAUAGAAUUCACUGAAGUUGACCAAGCCUCAUAA